GUACAGACCAGCCCUUACAAGACUGUUGAGAUUGUCUUUAUAUCUGUGGUAACUGGCUCCCUCAGCCUGGUCACGGUGGUGGGCAACAUACUCGUCAUGUUAUCCAUCAAAGUUAAUCGUCAGUUGCAGACUGUGAACAACUACUUCUUAUUUAGCUUGGCCUGCGCUGAUCUCAUCAUUGCAAUCUUUUCUAUGAACUUGUACACCAUCUAUGUUAUUAAAGGCUACUGGCCACUGGGUGCUGUGGUCUGCGACUUGUGGCUAGCCCUGGAUUACGUUACAAGUAACGCUUCUGUCAUGAACCUGCUGAUCAUCAGUUUCGAUAGGUACUUCUGCGUUACCAAGCCACUGACCUAUCCGGCUCGAAGGACCAAUAAGAUGGCUGGGCUAAUGAUAGCGGCGGCUUGGAUCCUUUCUUUCAUUUUGUGGGCGCCAGCCAUCCUUUUCUGGAAGUUCGUUGUUGGCGAACGCACCGUGAAAGAGGGCCAGUGUUACAUUCAGUUCCUCUCCAACCCCGGCGUGACAUUUGGCACGGCUAUCGCAGCCUUCUACCUCCCAGUAGUCAUCAUGACCGUCCUCUACAUCCAAGUUUCUCUGGCCAGCAGGAGCAGGAUGAAAAGCCACAGGACCGAGAGUCAGAAAGAGAAGACCUCUCGCUCUUCCAACUUGCUCAAGGGUUACUUUAGCAGGCACCAGAAUAACAACAACACGCCCAAACCGACGACGGAUUCCUUCGGUGACACGGUCAAGAAUGGGAAGUUGGAGGAGAAUUCCUCCACCAACCCCGGGGCGGCCAGCCACCGAGAGGAGAAGACGUCCAACGAAUCCAGCUCCGCCAGUACCGCCCCGUCCAUCCUCAAAGGGGACGUGGUGCAGAACGCGCAGCUCCCUGCGCUCAAUAAGAUGCAGGGCUCCAAGUGGUCAAGGAUCAAGAUAGUCACCAAGCAGAGCGGCAACGAGUGUGUCACCGCCAUCGAGAUCAUGCCCGGCAACGCCACCCACAACGUGGCGGAGAACAAGCCCGGCAACGUGGCCAGGAAAUUCGCCAACAUUGCCAGAAGCCAAGUCCGAAAGCGGCGCCAAGUGGCGGCCAGAGAAAAGAAGGUCACCCGGACGAUCUUUGCGAUCCUUCUGGCGUUUAUCCUAACGUGGACCCCUUACAAUGUCAUGGUGCUCAUCAGCACCUUCUGCGAGGAGUGUGUCCCCGAGACUGUCUGGACCAUUGGCUACUGGCUGUGUUACAUCAACAGCACCGUGAACCCAGCUUGUUACGCCCUCUGCAACAUUACCUUCAAGAAGACUUUCAAACAGUUGUUACUGUGCAAGUACAAGAAUAUUGGCAAUGCAAGAUAAAGCGUUCGCCGUGUGUGUUUACCAUGGCUAUAAAACUGGACGUGUUGUAAAAUGCUCAUUCCUGAGGCUUCGGGUUUGCACUGUGCUUUAGU